CCAACAAAAACAAUCAUAGCUAUUUAGCUGUGUGUGUGUUAAUAGAAAAAAAGUGGUUUUUGAUUAAUUAAGCAAACACCCAUUAGAAUCAAGAUCAUCUAAAAGCAAAAAGAGCUAAUCUUUUUAAUUCCAAAUCCUCCAAUAUCCAAUACCCAAAUUCCCAAAAUCCCAAAUCCCAAAUACCCAAAAAUAAAAAUGAGACCAAACUUGGCUUCCUUCGGUUCCUCCACAGAUACAGAUACUGCCCCCCCUUUACCCACACAAACCUUCGGACACUAAAAACAAACACUACAGAGAGUGACAGUGAGAGCAAUCCAGAUGGUGGAGACAGAGGCUGAUCUAUGUCCCAUGAUUUUCUUCUCUGUCUCAGAUUAUGUUUGAGGGAUUUCUGGGGUGUUUUAGCCAAAAGGGGUUGUGGGUUUUACUGUAUUAGUUGCUAGAGAAAGUGGUGGUGGUCGGCGGCGGAGGAUAAACUCUUGUGGUGGUUAUUAUGAACAACAGUGGCGGUGGUGGUGAGGAUGGGAGUAGGACUGUAGUUUUAGGUGGAACAGCAAGUGGAAUGAUGGGGAUGAAUAGGUCACCUUUCACAGUGUUACAGUGGCAGGAGCUGGAACUUCAGGCUCUGAUCUUCAAAUUUAUGAUGGCAGGUCAGCCUGUUCCACCUGAACUUGUACUCCUUAUUCAGAAGAGCUUCGAGUCCAUUUCUCAUAGGUUCUUCCAUCAUCCCACCAUGGCUUAUUGUUCCUUCUACGGGAAGAAGGUGGACCCCGAGCCUGGUAGAUGCAGGAGGACUGAUGGAAAGAAAUGGAGAUGCUCCAAAGAUGCAUACCCAGACUCCAAAUACUGUGAGCGCCACAUGCAUCGUGGCCGCAACCGUUCAAGAAAGCCUGUGGAAUCUCAAACCAUGACACAGUCGUCGUCCACUGUGACAUCUCUUACUGCUACCGGAAGUAGCAGCACCGGAACUGGAAGCUUCCAUGGUCUUCCAUUGAAUGCCUUGAGCAAUUCCCAAACCACUACCACUGGGACCAGUCAGCCUCAUUAUCCCUUGGACUCCAUUCCCUAUGGGAUCCCAAGCAAAGAUUAUAGGUAUCUUCAAGGGCUUAGACCUGAAGCUGGAGUGCAUAGUUUCUUUUCCGAGGCAUCAGGAAGCAGCAGGGCUGUUCAAAUGGAUGCACCGAUUGACAACACAUGGCCAAUGAUGUCAUCCAGAUCCCCAUCUAUCCCGACAUCGAAAUCAACUGAAAACUCAAUCUUCCAAAGUGGAUACGCGCAGCAUUCGUUCUUUGGUGGGGAAUAUGCAUCUGGGGAAACUCUGAAACAAGAGGGCCAAUCUCUUCAGCCACUCUUUGACGAAUGGCCGAGAACUAGGGAGUCAUGGACUGGACUCGACGAUGAAAGAUCCAAUCAAACUUCCUUCUCCACAACACAGCUCUCCAUAUCAAUUCCAAUGGCUUCGUCUGACUUGUCGACCACAAGUUCAAAAUCUCCCCAUGAUAAUUGAUGAAAGCCGCAUGAUGCUUUGAGAAAAUUUUCAAGUUUUAUCUCUCAACUUCGAUGCCUGUAUUUUGAAAGCUAGUCGUUCACUUUCGGUAUAUGUGAGCAACCAUGUAGAUGGAGAAUUCUGUUGUAUUCUUGUCUUGUUUUCCCUUUCCUGCUCUGUUUUUAUGGGUAUCAAAAACUCGGUUAUGUGCAGACAAUUGAAGAAGCUGAAGGUGAAUGUUGUUAUUAGGCUUAGAAUAAUACAAAACUAUGAUUUGAAAGUCUAGAUAAAAGUAAGAUUAUAAUGAGGAUGACAACAAAUGGAUAUUUCUAGUUA